AGGCGGCGCAGCUGCUUCCGGUGCUUGUGUUUGGUGCGGCUCGGCUCGGUUCGGUUUGGCUCGGCCCAGAACAGCCCAACGGCAGCGGCAGCAGCUGUAGAGAGAACCCGCAGGGAGGAACCAUGGCGGCGCCAGCGCUCUCCGGUCGGCCCGGCUCGGCGGGCAGCCUCGGGAACAGCCCCACAUCCUCGGCCGCGGGGAGGCUGCCCCAGGGCGGCUCCGGGCCCGAGCUGGACUUCAGGUCCGCGGCCCGCAUGGAGGACCUGAACCGGCUCAUCCAGGAGUUCAGCAAGCACGACCAGCGGGAGUACGACGACCAGCGGGCUCUGGAGAUCCACACGGCCAAGGACUUCAUCUUCUCCAUGCUGGGAAUGGUUCAGAAACUGGACCAGAAGCUCCCAGUGGCCAAUGAGUACCUUCUCCUUUCUGGAGGCGUUCGGGAAGGUGUGGUGGACAUGGACCUGGAUGAGCUCAGCGUCUACGCCCGCGGCACCGACUACGACAUGGACUUCACUCUACUGGUCCCCGCACUUAAACUCCACGACCGGAACCAGCCGGUGACCCUGGACAUGCGGCACUCGGCGCUGGGCCACUCGUGGCUCAGCCUACGGCUCUUUGACGAAGGAACCAUCAACAAGUGGAAGGACUGCUGCACUAUCGUCGAUCACAUCAACGGGACCACCAACUACUUCUUCUCCCCAACGCUGGUGGCCGACUGGUUCUACCAGUCCAUCUCUCUUGUGCUGCUGGAGGUGCAGAAGAAGCCACAGAGAGGGAUGCCGAGGGUGGAGAAGGUGGAUCGGAACGGGACCAUCAUCUCCGUCAUCCUGGGGGUCGGCAGCAGCCGGAUGCUCUACGACAUCGUCCCGGUGGUGUCGUUUAAAGGCUGGCCUGCGGUGGCCCAGAGCUGGCUGAUGGAGAACCACUUCUGGGACGGGAAGAUCACCGAGGAGGAGGUGAUCAGCGGCUUCUACCUCGUCCCCGCCUGCUCCUACAAAGGCCGCAAGGAGAACGAGUGGCGGCUGUCGUUCGCCCGCAGCGAGGUUCAGCUGAAGAAGUGCAUCUCGUCCAGCCUGAUGCAGGCGUACCAGGCCUGCAAGGCCAUCAUCAUCAAGCUGCUGUCCCGGCCCAAAGCCAUCAGUCCCUACCAUCUGCGCAGCAUCAUGCUGUGGGCCUGCGACCGUCUCCCUGCCAACUAUCUGGCUCAGGACGACUUCUCCGCCCACUUCCUGCUGGGCCUGAUUGACGACUUGCAGCACUGUCUCGUCAACAAGAUGUGUCCCAACUACUUCAUCCCUCAGUGCAACAUGUUGGAGCACCUGUCCGACGAGACGGCCAUGCUGCACGCUCGCAAACUGUCCUCGGUGCGCUCUGACCCGGCCGAGCACCUCCGCACCACCAUCGAACACGCCAAGGCCGCCAACAGGUUGACGGUGGAAGUGCAGUGGCGAGGCAGCUCCACCAACCUGCCGUCGCCGCAGUCCGACGCCGGCGGCGAGAACCAGCCUGACGAUCGGCUCGCCAAGAAGCUUCAGCAGCUGGUGACGGAGAACCCCGGGAAGUCCAUCUCAGUGUUCAUCAACCCGGACGACGUCACGCGGCCGCACUUCCGCAUCGACGACAAGUUCUUCUGAGACUGAGACGUUGCCCUGCCCUCUCCUCCACCCGGUGCCCCUGCCUCUGAAACUUUCUUUUUUUACUUUUUUUAUGUUUCCUGCCACAAAGUGAAGUGAUUGUCUAGUAGUCUGCCACAGUUUCUUAUUUUUAGUUUUAUUUUUCUACUCCCUGCCCCUCUGCCCUGGUUUUUCACUGUGUGCCCUGUGUUUUUUACCUUCUCAAUGCCUUUUAAACUGACAGCUUGUUCUUAAAACUGAAGGAAGGGACUGAAAUCCACCUCACGAUCCGAUACGUAUCAGGGAUCCGGGCAAAGAGACAAACACAUCAAUUUCCUGAAUAAAUCCGGUUUAUUUUGGAUUCUCUUGAUUGUAGACAUUAAAGCUCCGUUGUUGAGUGAAAAACUGAAACGGGGCAGAAGUUGUUGUGUUGUCUUGGAACCAGGACUGGACCCGGCAGAGAUCCUGUGACGUGGAUUCAGUCCCUCUGAGGAAUGUCUUGUCCCUGCUGGGGACGACGGUACUAAAGUCUUAGAAACUAACUGUAAAUAAGUAGAAGAAAAACUGACUGAAGAGUGUAGACAGACGGAAAACAUACUAAUGAUAAUUUGUGGGCUACUUUUCGUCUAAUUUUGCACAGAAUGUAAAAAUCACCUCCUUUCCUCCUGAUUGUGGACGUCCUGGUUUUAAAUUGAACUUCCAUGUGAGCGGAGCGGCGACGCUGUGCUGAUGGAGCGGCUGUCACUUCCUCCGUUUCCUCUGAACAUCUGGUUCAUGUUCUUUGUGUUGUGAAGAACAAACAGCAGGAACCUCCAGACAGACGUGGCGUCUUCCACUUUAAACCUGGAGACAGGUGAGCUAGUGCUGCAGCAGUGAAGCCUAGUGCUGCAGCAUUGAAGCCUAGUGCUGCAGCAGUGAAGCGUUGUGCUGCAGCAGUGAAGCCUAGUGCUGCAGCAGUGAAGCCUAGUGCUGCAGCAGUGAAGCGUUGUGCUGCAGCAGUGAAGCCUAGUGCUGCAGCAGUGAAGCGUAGUGCUGCAGCAGUGAAGCCUAGUGCUGCAGCAGUGAAGCGUUGUGCUGCAGCAGUGAAGCGUUGUGCUGCAGCAGUGAAGCCUAGUGCUGCAGCAGUGAAGCGUUGUGCUGCAGCAGUGAAGCGUUGUGCUGCAGCAGUGAAGCGUUGUGCUGCAGCAGUGAAGCGUAGUGCUGCAGCAGUGAAGCGCCGUGUGCUGCAGCAGUGAAGCCUAGUGCUGCAGCAGUGAAGCCAGUGCUGCAGCAGUGAGCGUUGUGCUGCAGCAGUGAAGCGCCAGCUGCAGCAGUGAGCGUUGUGCUGCAGCAGUGAAGCGUGCAGUGCUGCAGCAGUGAAGCGUUGUGCUGCAGCAGUGAAGCGAGUGCUGCAGCAGUGAAGUUGUGCUGCAGCAGUGAAGCCUAGUGCGCGCAGCAGUGAAGCCUAGUGCUGCAGCAGUGAAGCCUAGUGCUGCAGCAGUGAAGCCGCCAGCCGCAGCAGUGAAGCGUUGUGCCGCAGCAGUGAAGCGUUGUGCCGCAGCAGUGAAGCGUUGUGCCGCAGCAGUGAAGCGUUGUGCCGCAGCAGUGAAGCGUUGUGCCGCAGCAGUGAAGCGUUGUGCCGCAGCAGUGAAGCCUAGUGCUGCAGCAGUGAAGCGUAGUGCUGCAGCAGUGAAGCGUUGUGCUGCAGCAGUGAAGCGUUGUGCCGCAGCAGUGAAGCCUAGUGCUGCAGCAGUGAAGCCUAGUGCUGCAGCAGUGAAGCGUUGUGCUGCAGCAGUGAAGCCUAGUGCUGCAGCAGUGAAGCGUAGUGCUGCAGCAGUGAAGCCUAGUGCUGCAGCAGUGAAGCGUUGUGCUGCAGCAGUGAAGCGUUGUGCUGCAGCAGUGAAGCCUAGUGCUGCAGCAGUGAAGCGUUGUGCUGCAGCAGUGAAGCGUUGUGCUGCAGCAGUGAAGCGUUGUGCUGCAGCAGUGAAGCGUAGUGCUGCAGCAGUGAAGCGUUGUGCUGCAGCAGUGAAGCCUAGUGCUGCAGCAGUGAAGCCUAGUGCUGCAGCAGUGAAGCGUUGUGCUGCAGCAGUGAAGCGUUGUGCUGCAGCAGUGAAGCGUUGUGCUGCAGCAGUGAAGCGUAGUGCUGCAGCAGUGAAGCGUUGUGCUGCAGCAGUGAAGCGUAGUGCUGCAGCAGUGAAGCGUUGUGCUGCAGCAGUGAAGCCUAGUGCCGCAGCAGUGAAGCCUAGUGCUGCAGCAGUGAAGCCUAGUGCUGCAGCAGUGAAGCCUUGUGCCGCAGCAGUGAAGCGUUGUGCCGCAGCAGUGAAGCGUUGUGCCGCAGCAGUGAAGCGUUGUGCCGCAGCAGUGAAGCGUUGUGCCGCAGCAGUGAAGCGUUGUGCCGCAGCAGUGAAGCGUUGUGCCGCAGCAGUGAAGCGUUGUGCUGCAGCCGCCUGGUUGUGCUGCUAAGCGGCUAACAUCGUAGCAGGUAGCAUUUAAACGGCAGCUCUUCUUCGAUGCAACAUCAGCAGUUAAUUCAACUCCCAUUAGAUGAAGAACGCAGAAGGUUCAGUAACUCCGAAGCUAAACAACAACAGCGUUCACACCAACCAUCUAAACCACCUGGCUGCUAACUGUUGAACACCAGCUCAUAUAGCAGCGCCUGCAGCGCCAUCUGGUGACCAAACAGACAUAAAACACAUAUUUGAUAUCUGACCCAAAGCUCUCACCCUCAGUGUAAAACUUACACUAAGGUUCCUGAAGUUCUGGGACAUUUAUGGGACAAACAACCGCUAGCUCCAGCUAACGGUUCCUCAUCGGCUCCUCCCGUCACACCACCGUGAUUCUGUUUCCCUUUCCACUCAGUCGCUGCUGUGAAUCUAGAAAUGUAUCGGGGUCACUCUCUUGACUUCUGACGUUGCAUUUUCAGCUGGACUCUUUCAGCCAGUGGCAGCAGGACCGAAUGAGAACCCAAACCGUCCAGCUGGGUGAGUCGGAACCAGCAGACGCCUCAGUAGGGACACCUGGUGGCUGGUCAGAUAAAUGAAGUCCACUCUCUGCUGUUACAAUUAAUUUGUCAAUUAAAAAUGCAACAAUAUUAUAGAGGGAAAAUGCCUGGAGAGUCGAAACCAGAGCGGUUUCCAUGGCGACUUCCUGCAUUUCAUUAACAAGUGAAGCUUUAAACAGGAGCUAAAUCUAAAGCUAGGAGUCGUACCAAAGUUUUGUUGAACGUUGAGUGUCAGAAGCUCCUGGUGGAGUUCUGACCCGUUAAACUCUGAACCACGGUUCUGUUCUGACAAAGAGAACCAAACAAGUUUCUCAGAAUCCCCUGAUGGUUUUGACAUUUUUCUGAAACUUUGUGAAACAUCAGCGAAUCGUCUGCAAACGUUUUUACAUUCAAAGCAGCUGAAACAUUUUGAUGCUUUUUUAUCCUCAAUGGUUUCAGAUCAAUGUCACAAAUGCUUCACCUCUCAGGUAUCAGAGUGACCUUUGACCCUGGAGUUACAUCUUAUCAGCACAUGUGACUCGGCUCUCGUCUUCUAGAUGUUUUUCCAGAACCGGUGACCCAGUUUGGUAUCAGUUCUGCUCUUAGUAAGAUAACGUGUUUAAAGAAUAACUUCAGUAGGUCAAACAGAACAGAACCGGUUUAAUUUAGGAGGUUCUGGGUGAGUUUUCCUGGGUUUGGUUCUGGUUAGUGUGAAAGUGGGUCGGCUCACCCGUCAGGUGGACCUGCCGGAUGAUGCUCCUGCAUCGGCUACAGGGUCGCAGGUCGCCGCCUCCACAUGGAUGGUCACAUGAUUCAGGAACUUCCUGUUCGAUAAGCUAACUCUUGUCUCCGGCUGCUUCUUUGUGUUUAAAGCGACGGGUCGGGUCCGGCUGCUUCCCGGCCGACCCGUUCCCACAUCGGCUCUCUGUCCCAAACAUCACCACCCAAACAGGAAGCUCCUCCUGCGGCCGUCGGGCCGGUUCUGUCGUCUCCACAUAUCCUCAUCCUCAAGUGCAAUUAGUGAAUGUACACAGAGACACGUAGCAUGAAGACACUCCAGGUCUGAGCUGCACAGCUCCUCCACUGACUCACUCAGAGGCCCUGAAGCCAUCAAAGUGCCACACACACACACACACACACACACACUCUCCUGCUCGGUGGAAAUGUCGUCGGUGUUUUCUGACCUGGUCUCCUGUUGACUCUUUCUGUUCUGUGUUUUGCUGCUUCCUGCUGAUGAUGGAUUUUUGUUUUGAGCUCAGAUGGUUGAGAACUUCCUGCACUGUAACACCAGAGUCCUCAUAAACACGUCUAACCUGAA